UACAAAUACGACAAGAGUCACGCAUGCCAACAUGUACGCGCUGGUAUUAAAAGCAGAGCUUUCUGGCGUGACGAACUUGCGCCCGAAGGAUGAAUUGGAGAACCCAUUCUGGUACACUUUUACGGUUCAGUGUACUUCUUGCCGAGAAACGCAUCCCAACGCCAUUUCCGUCAGCAGAUUCGAGAAUAACGAGUUGAGUGGGAGCAGAGGAGAGGCCAACUUUGUAUGGAAAUGCAAGAACUGCAAGCGAGAAUCAUCUGCUUCGAUCAAGGCAGCACCCAAAGCAUAUGAGAUGGGCGAGCCACCGAAGGAGCAGUCCAUCAUUGAAUUUGACUGCCGUGGCAUGGAGUUCACGGAGUUCAGCCCCGAGGGUUCAUGGCUAGCUGAGGGUACUGAGUCAGGGACCAAAUUCACUGAGAUAGAGUUGCAGGACGGUGAGUGGUUUGACUAUGAUGAAAAGUCAGGAGAAGAGGUCAGCAUCAAGGAUCUGAAAUGGGAUAUCCGAAGGGUGUAAGAGCUUGAGUUGCUCUCGACGGAUUCUGGGGGAUUGGACUUUGCGAAUAUGGUCUAACUUAUUCACGAAUGGCUUUGCGGAAAGACGGGUUACCGUAGGUAGCUUAUGAAUUACAGGAUGUAUCAGCCCA